GUGUUGUUCUGUGUUGCUGUUUUUUAAAUUGCAGUUUCUUCGGAAAUGACAAAAUAUGAAAAAGCACACUCAGACUUUCUGGGUAUGUUCAUGAUUGCUUUGCUUAUCACUGUAUGACAUUCUCAUUAUUAGGGCUACUUUAAGCUAAUCAACUGGAUUUGGGGCCCUCAUUUGCAAAGUGAAUCUGGAGAAAAAAUGGCUACAAAAUUUAGGUGAACCAUAUACUAUUUCUCCUUCCUUGUCUGCCAUCACAGAUGUUUCUUCUUAUUCUUUGUCCCCUCUGACUAUCUUUCCCCAUGACCAUCAACAGGCCCCUCACUGCUCCUUUCCCUUGGCUUCACUUCACUAUGUCAUACGCACCUCUCUGGCUGCUGGGUGUUGUCCUGGGACUCCUUGGGCACGUGCAUGGAGCCACGCUGAGAAAUGACAAGUGGAAGCCACUGAACAACCCCAGAAACCGAGAUCUGUUUUUCAGAAACCUUCAGGCAUAUUUUAAGGGCAGAGGUCUUGAUCUUGGGAGGUUUCCGAAUACUUUCUCCGUGAAUGAGAAUCCCAGACCUCUCUCUUUCCAAUCAGAACUUACUGCUUCUGCAUUUGCAGAUUAUGAGGAGCAGAAAAAUUCCUUUCUAAAUUACCUCAAAAGCUGAAAGUUUCUUCUGAGCUCAGGGGUCUAUUUUAAACCACAGAUGAAGCUUCAGAUUAGAAAAUUUCAGCCACAGUCACAGCUAAACUUUUGUGGGUUUUUCCCCCUCCAUUUUUAUUUGUUAUUAUUUUGUUCUACAUUACCAGAUUUACACAUAAAUAGCUAGAACUAUGCAACUUCUGUGCAUAUUUUUAGAGUGUUUU